GUCCAACACUUCUGCGGGUCGACGUAGAUUCGUAUGGGUGUUCCCGCUUCUUUACUUCUCUCUGUACUCAUCAUUUCUUUGGUCCUGGCUCACUUCGUCACGGGGUUCGUUGAGGCUGACAGAACAGUGACUGUCCUGUUUCCUGUGCUGGAGACCAGGUGGGAGUACCUGCAUACAGGGAAUGCAUAAAAGUAACUGAACGUUCAAGGACAGACAAUCAACAUCCAUGGAAAACCAUCUUUGUUUUGAGGAGGGCAGUGACAUGUCAUAUGAAGACAAUGACUCAGCCUUCCCCUCUCCACUGAGACUGACUUCACCGGGUCAGAGCAGCUUCUUUGACCUUGAGAGGAGGGAGGAUGAUGAUGAGGAGGACAAUGAGCCACCCCAGCAGGCCAUCGUCCUUCCCAGCAAUUCAGAAGCUUUUCUGAACGUGAACACCAACGCCACCACAAGAGGGGACGCCCAAGCAUAUGUGGAGCUGAAUGAGCUCCAGGGCAGCACCUGGCAGGAGACUAGUCGCUGGGUGGGCUAUGAGGAGAACUACAACCCCAGUACUGGAAAGUGGGACCAGUCUCACGUCUCCUACCUCACCUUUAAAAGUCUGAUUCAGCUCCGCAAGACCAUGAGUAGAGGCGCUGUCCUCUUUGACCUGAGUGCCGGCAGUCUGUCGUCUAUUGCUGAGAAAGUUGUUGAUGAGCUGCUGAACAAGGACGAGAUCCGCUCUGGUGAUCGAGAUGCUCUGCUGAGAGCUCUACUGAUGAAACGCAGUCAGUCUGGGGGGCCUGUGAUAACUCCUUCUGGAGAGAUUGAGAUGCAGACCUUUUCUGUAACAAAGAAGAGAGACUGCUCUGACAACAUGGAGGCCUCAAUUGUCCUCUCAGGUGUCCUGGACUUCCUGCAGAAACCAGUGGUGGCCUUUGUCAGACUCAGAGAUUCUGUGGUGAUGGAGUCUACUCUGGAGUCUUCUGUUCCCGUCCGCUUUGUCUUCAUGCUGGUGGGCCCCAGCCAGAGUGGUAUAGACUACACUGAAAGUGGCCGUGCCAUGGGUGCUCUGAUGGCUGACUGGGUGUUCUGUCUGGAAGCCUACUUGGCCGAGACUGACAAAGAUCUGACCAAUGCCAUCGCUGACUUCAUGGAGUGCAGCAUUGUGAUUCCUCCUACUGAGAUCCAGGAUAUGGCAAUGCUGGAGCCAGUAAUUGAUUUCCAGAAGAAGAUGCUGCGUGAUAGACUCCGUCCCUGUGAUACACGCCUUGCAUUUGGAGACAGGGUCAUAGUUGACAAAGGUCCAGAGGAGCCGAGGGAGGACCCUCUAGCCCGGACAGGGUAUCCUUUUGGCGGGAUGGUGAAAGACAUAAAGCGCCGUUACCGCCACUACAUCAGUGACUACACAGACGCUCUGAACCCCCAGGUCCUUGCUGCCAUCAUCUUCAUCUACUUUGCCGCCUUGUCUCCAGCCAUCACUUUUGGAGGGCUUCUGGCUGACAAAACAGAAAAAUAUAUGGGCGUAUCGGAGCUGAUGAUCUCCACCAGCAUCCAGGGUGUCAUCUUCUGUCUGAUUGCCGCCCAGCCCGUCCUUGUCAUUGGUUUCUCUGGACCCUUGCUUGUGUUUGAGGAAGCUUUUUACUCUUUCUGCAAGUCCCAAGGCAUUGAAUACAUUGUGGGCCGCAUCUGGGUGGGGAUGUGGCUGAUAGUGAUCGUGAUCAUUAUUGUGGCGGUGGAAGGUAGCUUCCUGGUCCGAUUCAUUAGCCGCUUCACCCAAGAAAUCUUCUCCAUCCUCAUCUCUCUCAUCUUCAUCUAUGAGACCUUCAAUAAGCUCAUCAAGAUCUUCAAAACCCACCCUCUGAUCCUGAACUACGAACAUCUGAAUGACUCACUGGAUAACCCCUUCCACCCCAUCAUAAAGGAGCACAUCGUGGUCGACGAUUAUGGCAAUCACACCAUUAAAGAGCUGGAGGUUGAGAGGGCGUACCCCAACACUGCCCUGCUGUCUAUGUGCCUGAUGUUUGGCUGCUUCUUCAUUGCAUACUUCCUCCGUCAGUUUAAAAGUGGUCAUUAUUUCCCUGGCCCGCUCCGUCGUUUGAUUGGAGAUUUCGGAGUCCCUAUUUCUAUUUUCAUCAUGAUCGCUGUGGAUAUCUGCAUUGAAGAUGCUUACACUCAGAAACUGGUUGUGCCAAAAGGCAUUCAAGUGACCGACCCUAAAAUCAGAGGCUGGUUCAUCAACCCCAUGGGAGAAAAGAAGCCUUUCCCCAUCUGGAUGAUGGCCGGCUGCUGUGUGCCUGCCCUGCUUGUCUUCAUCCUCAUCUUCCUUGAGUCCCAGAUUACUACGCUGAUCGUGAGCAAACCAGAGAGGAAAAUGGUGAAAGGAUCUGGUUUUCAUUUUGACCUGCUCCUCUUGGUCACCAUGGGAGGGAUCUCCUCUCUCUUCGGGGUGCCCUGGUUGAGUGCUGCCACUGUGCGAUCUGUUACCCACGCCAACGCUCUCACUGUCAUGUCCAAGGGCCCCAAACCAGAGAUAGAGAAAGUGAUUGAGCAGAGGAUCAGUGGUAUCUUUGUGGCCAUCAUGGUCGGUGUUUCUAUUUUCAUGGAGCCUAUACUGAAGAUGAUUCCUAUGACGGCUUUGUUUGGUAUCUUCCUGUACAUGGGUAUCACCUCUCUGAGUGGUAUCCAGAUGUGGGACAGGAUGCUUCUGCUGAUCACUCCCAAGAAGUACCAUCCCUCUGAUGCUUAUGCCACCAGGGUGCAGACCAUGAAGAUGCAUUUCUUCACUUUGAUCCAGCUUAUAUGCCUGGCUAUCCUUUGGAUGGUGAAGAUCAGUCCCUUCUCUCUUGCUCUGCCUUUUGUUCUCAUUCUCACCGUCCCACUUCGCAUGUUCAUGACAGGCAGGCUCUUCUCUGUAAAGGAGAUGAAAUGUCUGGAUGCAGAUGACGCCAAAGUGACAUUUGACGAGGAUGAGGAUGAUUGUGUGUAACCACUGCCAGGAUCAUUGCCAUGGCAUUAGUAUUCAUUUCAUAAACAAUCAGGUGAAAUUCACUUCCUUGCAGUUUCAAACUGUUCCUUUUCAGAAAUUACCUGUCAUUUCUCAGAUUCAUAGAUCUGCAGCUGAAUUUGAGUUUAGAAUUUAGUUUAUUUUAGGGACCUGCCCUUUUCACAUAUUUUAUUAUUUCAUCUUUUAAUGUGGCAUUAGUGUUGACAUUACUAAAAUGCUUCCUUAUUUUUAAAUGAAGGUAUUGUCAUUGGCUAUUUAUGUUCUUAAAUACAGGGUGGUAUUUUGAUUCAGGGAAAAUAUUAUUAUUAUUAUUAUGUUAUUUUAUUUUAUUUAUUUUUUAAAUAAUGAGAAGUAAUUUUCUCACUUAUGCAAGAUUUUUUCUUUUACUAUCUUACUACAGUAUGGCUUUAAAGAUCUGCCUACGUUAUAACGUAAUCUCACUUCACCUUAAGCAAAUUUAAAGUUAUCAGCUCUCUACACCUGCACAAAUCAUGAAUUAUGUGGGACCAUUACGUGUGUUUUUUGAAAUGUUUUCAGUUCUUACUUUUUGCCUAUUUAACUUGUUGUUGUGUAUCGUUUAUGGAACAAAUUAGUGUGUUCCGUUCAGUUGGGCUAUGUAUAGAAACAUGCACUUAUAUUAGACUUCCAAUUGUUUUCGUGAUCAUAAAAUGAGUAGUAAUGAUAGUUAGUUGAUGAUGAGACAUGAUUGUUUGAAGCGAUUGUUAUUCUGGUCAUUUGACCAGGAAAAAUACUACUUUGUAAAUGUAUCCUGCGUAAUACAUCUUAUGUUACGUGUGAUGUUGAUGUUGUGUGCUUGAAACACUGUACAUGCUUUGGAUUUCUCUUUAUUAAAAAUAAAAAACAGCCUACAAAGUA